AUGCAUAGGUUUUCCGAAGCGAAAUCCAAGUUUCAUGUGGUUGAUCUCGACCCGUACGGCAGUGCCGCUGUUUUACUUGAUGCAGCUGUCCAAAUCCUAUACGAAAACGGACUUCUAUGCGUCACGUGCACCGAUAUGGCGGUUCUGUGUGGAAGCGCAACUGGAACAUCCAUGGGAAAAUAUGGAUCUAUAUCGGUUAAAUGCUCCGGUAUGCAUGAACAGGUAAUGUCCUGCAAAAUGAUGAUAGGACGAUUAUGCUAUUGA